AGACUAUUUCCUCAGCACCACCAAAGAGCCUUUAAACCAGCCAACAUAAUGCUUCCAACGUUUUCAAUUUUUUCUCUUUAUCUUUUCCUUGUGCUAUCAGCUUCCUGGGCGCAUCCUCCACCUUCAACACAAGAAAAUUUUAUCCAAUGCCUCUCACGUUAUUCUACGACUACCAUUCCAUUCUCUUCAGACUUUCUCACUCCGAAAAAUUCUAGCUUCACCACUGUUCUUGAGUCUACUGCACAAAACCUCCGGUACUUGGUCUCCUCAGUGCCAAAGCCGGAGUUUAUUUUCACACCGGUGCAUGAUUCUCAUGUGCAAGCUGCUGUCAUUUGCGCGAAAAAGCUUCGAAUCCAUCUCAGGGUCCGAAGUGGAGGCCAUGAUUACGAAGGCCUCUCCUAUGUCUCCCAAAUUGAAACGCCUUUCCUUGUCGUAGACCUCGCAAAGCUUCGACCUAUCAGUGUUGAUAUCAAAUCCAACACUGCAUGGGUUCAAGCCGGUGCCACCAUUGGCGAACUCUACUACAGAAUUGCAGAGAAAAGCAAGACUCUUGGCUUUCCUGCCGGACUCUGCACGAGUCUAGGCGUUGGUGGGCACAUAACUGGUGGUGCAUAUGGCUCCAUGUUGAGGAAAUAUGGCCUUGGUGCUGAUAACGCUGUGGAUGCUCGAAUCAUAAACUUUAACGGGAAGAUUCUUGAUCGAAAGGCAAUGGGAGAGGAUCUGUUUUGGGCAAUUAGAGGAGGUGGAGGAGCAAGUUUCGGUAUCAUCCUUUGGUGGAAAGUAAAGUUGGUUCCAGUUCCAGCAACCGUGACUGGUUUUACGGUUCCAAAGACCUUGGAACAAGGCGCCACGAAGCUCCUCUACAGAUGGCAACAAGUAGCUCCACUGAUUGAUGAUGAUCUCUUCAUCAGAGUUAUCAUCAGCAAAACCGGCAAUACAUCGGUCACAACUCUUUACGAAGCUCAAUUUCUUGGAGGUGUUGAUAGAUUACUCAACGUCAUGCAAAAAAGCUUCCCCGAAUUGGGUUUGACACGAAAGGAUUGUACCGAAAUGAGCUGGAUCAAAUCUGUGAUGUACAUAGCAGGUUACCCAAGUACAACUCCUCCUGAAUUUUUGCUUCAAGGAAAAUCCUCCACGCCCAAGGGCUACUUCAAAGCCAAAUCAGACUUUGUCAAGACCCCGAUUCCAGAAAAGGGGCUUGAGGGGCUGUGGAAGAUGAUACUACAAGAAUCCUCUCCUCUGAUGAUUUUCAAUCCGUAUGGCGGAAUGAUGAGCAGGAUUUCCGAAAGCGCGAUACCUUUUCCUCACAGAAAUGUUCUCUUCAAAAUUCAGUACGUGACUUCAUGGCAAGCUGGAGGUAACGAGGCACAGCACAUGGAUUGGAGUAGGAAGCUUUACAAUUACAUGGGUUCUUAUGUCACAAAGUUUCCAAGGCAGGCAUAUGUGAAUUAUAGGGAUCUUGAUUUGGGGACUAACAAGAAGAGUAGCUCAAGUUUCAUUCAAGCAAGUUCUUGGGGUUACAGGUAUUUCAAGGACAAUUUUAAUAGACUGGUUAAAAUAAAGACCAAAGCCGAUCCUCAAAACUUCUUCCGGCAUGAGCAGAGCAUCCCCCCUCUUCCACGAGGCCGUUACUAGAGAUCGCUAGGAGCUAUAGAUUGUUAUUUGCAGAAGGUUAAGGCUUCGGCCGAGUGAUUAGUGUGUUUUGUUUAAGCUUACUGUUUAAACAAAUUUAUAGAAUGAAAUAAAUAGUUUAAAGAAUAA